CUAAAACCAAAAAGUGUUCAUAUGAGAAUUGUUUUUCUCAUUUGACCCAAAAUAAAGUCAUCACUGCGGCUAUGAAACGCCAAGCAAAACCACCGGAGAAGAAGACGAAGAGGACGACAAAUGCUUCGUCACCAACUCCGUCGUCUUCAUCUCCUUCGUUGUCUUCUCUCCCAGACGAAAUCGUCGAGAACUGCUUAGCUCGGAUCUCGAGGUCGUACUAUCCAACACUCUCAAUCGUUUCGAAAAGCUUCCGUUCAAUUAUCUCAUCCACCGAGCUCUAUGUAGCCAGAUCUCACCUCCGAAACACCGAAGAGUGUGUCUAUGUCUGUCUAUCUGAUAAAAGUUUUGAAUUUCCCAAAUGGUUUACACUCUGGGUUAACCCUAAUCAAGCCAACUCCAUGGUUGAGAAGAAGAGGAAGAAGAAGAAGACAAUUGGAAAGUUGUUGGUUCCAAUUCCCUCUUCUAAUCUUUCUCCUGUAUCAAAAUCCGCCAUAGCUGUUGGUUCUGAAAUAUAUGUGAUCGGCGGAAAAGUCGAUGGUGCACUGUCUUCGGCCGUGCGAAUCCUCGAUUGUCGCAGUAACACUUGGCGCGAUGCUCCUAGCAUGACCGUAGCCCGAAAGAGGCCUUUCAUAUGUCUCUACGAUGGGAAAAUUUACGUAAUUGGAGGGUACAACAAAUUAUCAGAAAGCGAACCAUGGGCUGAGGUAUUCGAUAUAAAGACUCAGACUUGGGAAUGCCUUUCUGAUCCGGGUACUGAGAUACGUAACUGUACCAUUUACAGAAUAGCAGAGAUCGAAGGAAAGAUUCACUUUGGGUAUACACAAAAAACGUAUGCUUAUGACCCAAAGCAAGGUGAAUGGGAAUGCUGUGAAGGCGAGGUUGCAUUUCCGAGGUCCCAAUGUGUGAUGGAGAGUGUAUUGUACACCUUUGCUAAUAACUACACUUGGGAGGACGACUACGGGUGCAAGUGGUGGUCAACGGAUGGAUAUGGGGAAAAGGUAAAAGGGUUGGAGUCACUAUUAGAGAUACACAAGAGGAAUGGUGGCUCAAGUGAUAAUACGACUAAACUAGUUGCCUGUGGUGGGAAACUCUUACUUUUAUGGGAAGGGUACAUGAAGCAUAAUCCCAAUAAUAGGAAGAAGAUUUGGUGCGCGGUUAUCGCGUUAGAAAAGCGUGAUGGAGGUAAGGUUUGGGGAAUUGUUGAGUGGGUUGAUGUUGUGCAUAUCGUCCCCACAUCAUGCAAGCUCUUGCAUUGUCUCGUUGUCUCGGUUUGAUUAACUUGUAUGAUACAAGUUGUAUCCAGGUAUGUCAGUCCUUAACUCCAUCUUUGGAUCCCUUGUCUUAGUUAAUUUGAGUUCAUUUAGUUUUAUAAAAAGUUCAUGCUUCUUUUUUUUUUCCCUGUACAUAUAUGAUGUUAGUAUGUAUAACAUUAUAUAUAUAUGAAUGGAUUGUUGACCAGUUGGAAAGAGGAGAAGGAAGCAAAGGCAAAAAGGAGUGCAACAUGGAUUACCUUUCGCCUCAUGAUCAACACAGUGUCUUCUCAUGUAGAUGAUCUAACCAUCUUUCAAACUUUGUGUAGAGUUUCGUGACUUCUGACUUCAGUUUGUUAGAAAUAUCCUCCUCAUGAGUUGUGUCUUUAACAUCUUUCAAACUUUGUUUUAACAUUGUAACUUCAUCAUGAAUUCUUUGUUUUGAGAAAAGAAACAAAUUCUGUUUAAUAUGUUACAGUUUGCAAUCUCCACGGUUAAAAACAAUGUUGGUUAGAAGUAUCUACAUAUUAAG